UGCUCCAAGACAACGGAUACAUUAAGGUGGCAUGACGAGGAGCGUUCUAAAGAUGGGAAGUUAAGCAUCCUGCUGAUGCCCAAGCAUGGAAAGGCUUUGAUAGCUUUCAUCCGGAUUUUGCAAGAGAUUCUCGCAAUUUGAGACUUGGCUUGGCAAGUGAUGGGUUCAAUCCAUUUCGAACCAUGAGCAUAUCUCAUAGCACAUGGCCCGUUAUCUUAAUGGCGUAUAAUUUGCCUCCUUGGAUGUGCAUGAAGUCAUAAUAUUGUAUGCUUUCUUUGCUUAUACCUGGGCCGCGGUCACCUGGAAAUGACAUUGACAUUUAUUUACAACCAUUAAUAGAAGAGUUAAAUGUGUUGUGGGAGUCUGGGGUGGAAACAUAUGAUGCUUCAAGAAAUCAAACCUUUCAAAUGCGAGCAGCUCUUUUGUGGACAAUCAGUGACUUCCCUGCAUAUGCUAUGUUAUCUGGUUGGAGUACAAAAGGGAAGUUGGCUUGCCCUUGUUGUAAUUAUGGCACUAAUUCUCGCUAUCUUAAGCAUAGUCGAAAAAUGUGUUAUAUGGAUCAUCGUGUUUUUCUACCAAUGGAUCAUCCAUGGAGAUCCAACAAAAGGUCUUUCAAUGGGAAAACAGAAUUUAGGCUUCCUCCGCCUUUGUUAAAGGGAACUGAUGUGCUUAAUGACUUACAAAAUAUUAAUAAUGUCUUUGGGAAAAAGAGGAAGAGAACAAAUGAUGGCCCAUGGAAGAAAAAGUCAAUUUUUCCAAUUACCUUAUUGGCAGCACAAUUCAUUAUGUCACAAUCUUGACGUAAUGCACAUAGAGAAAAAUAUAGUUGAUAAUGUAAUUAGAACUCUUUUGGAUAUUCCUGGCAAGACAAAAGAUCAUGCAAAUGCUCGUUAUGAUCUAAAAGAGAUGGGCAUUAGAAAGAACUUUCAACCAAAAGAUACAAAGGAUGGUAAGAGAACAAAGUAUGCAAAAGCGUGCUUCUCAAUGGCUAAUGGAGAGAAAUCAGUUUUUUGUGGUGUUCUAAAGACAACAAAGCUACCUGAUGGUAGUGCUUCCAAUAUAUCUAGGUUAUAAGACGCAUGAUGCCCAUUUCAUGUUACAUUACUUGUUGCCAACACCAAUUAAAAGCAUCCUUCCUGAUCAUGUUGCUAUUCCUUUGAUUCGUCUAAGCUCUUUCUUCCGCCAUUUAUGUCAAAAAGUUAUCACACUGGAAGAUCUAGAUUGUUUGGAGAAUGAGAUUAGAGAAACAUUGAAUCAAUUGGAGCGAAUUUUUCCUCCAACUUUUUUUGAUAUAAUGACUCAUUUCCCUAUUCAUUUGGCAAACGAAGUAAGAUUAGGAGGUCCCGUUCAGAAUCGAUGGAUGUAUCCUCCCGAAAGAUAUAUGUGCACGUUAAAAUCAUAUGUUCGCAACAAAAAUCAUCCAGAAGGAUCUAUUGCUGAAGCAUACUUGGUUGAAGAGUGUUUGACUUUGUGCUCUAGAUACUUACAUGGGGGUGUGCAAACCAGAUUUAAUAGAAGACCCCGAAAUAAUGAUGAAUGUGGUUAUGAUACACAAACUUUCAGUUUGUUCCCUAAAAGAGGCUGCCCUUUAGGAGCCAAAAAGAGUGAUCCAAUUGUUUUAGAUGGCAAGUCACUAUGUCAGGCACAUGCAUACGUAUUGAACAAUUGUGAUGAAGUUCAAGAAUAUAUCAGAGAACAUGAGGUGGAGGUUAAUAAUCAGAGGCGAGGAUCUAGAUGGAGCAAGGCCAAAAAUCAUAGUCAAAACUUCUCUCAAUGGUUUGAAACUCGUGUAUUGCAUGAGGAUGUGUCCGAUAUGAUAAAACAGUUAUCCAUAGGACCAAAUUCAAUUGCCAAAAGAUAUUUUGGGUAUCUCAUUAAUGGAUAUAGAUUCCAUACGAGGCAGCGUGAUGCAAGGCGUAAAACGCAAAAUAGUGGUGUUACAUUAGGUGCCCUAACGACAAGCUUUGCAAGCUCAAAGGAUAAAAAUCCAGUUGAUGCGAAUUUGACUUAUUAUGGCAGAAUAAUUGAUAUAGUUGAGUUAGACUAUGGCCAUUUUAAGGUUUUGUUGUUUAAGUGUGACUGGUAUGAGGUUGAACAUGAUAUUUAUAGCCUUACUUAUGUCUACUUCAAUAAGAAAUGCUAUCAGGAAGAGCCUUUUAUUCUAGCAGAUCAAGCACACCAAUGCUUCUAUGUGCAAGAUCCAUAUGAUCAAGAUAAACAUUAUGUUAUGAAGACUGUCACGGGAGACUUGUUUAGCAUAAGUGACCAAAUUGAAUCUAAUGCCCUACACUGUUAUGAAAAUGAGCCGUCUGAACAUUUGGCGGGCCCAUCUGUGCCGGAUGAUAAUGGUGAAGUUGUCUUAGUAAGGAAUGAUUUAGAAGAAACGAUUAUUGAUGUGCCUCCAGAAGGAUUUCUUGCAGAAUAACUUGAAAUUGAAUCGGAAGACGAGUUUGAAACAGAGUACGAGUUUGAAUCGGAGGACGACGAGUUUGAUUCUGAGGAUAAAUUAUGAGUUUGAUUAUAAUUCAAAUAGAAUAUAGCUCUGCCCUUUCUUUAACGACUAAAGGCACAUUAAAGAUUAGUAGAUACUUGCUUUAGACUCAAACGGAUGAUAUUUGCUUGACGAUGUUUCCUUGUCUAUUUUGUCAUGUUCUAAUAUUAAAUUUUAUUUUUGCUGAUGGUUUCUUCCUUAUGCCUAUAUGUUAUGUGCUCAUAUAAUUUUAGAGUGUCACUUUUGUUUUCUAAAGCAUUUGGUUAUUAUUAAGUGUGCCUCAAUUUAGUUUCAUAGCAUGAGGAACCAUAUUACAUCAUAUAUGAAAAGAGGUUUAAGUCCUCUAGUUUUGCACUAAAUAUCCCGGGAAGUGAAUGUGAGUAAGUAGAAAUUGUAGUUCUGAAUUUGUCACUAAUCUUAUUAUUGGAGUAUUGAAAAAUGUGUUAAAGUAUACAUUUUUCUUCUAUUG